CCCGUGUUUGUGUGUGGAGAAGCGACGGGAGGUGAGACGGCUGCUCCGCGGCUAACGAUAGCAAGGUGCACGGACGCGGAUUCAAUUCUCCCUCGGUCUCCGCCGUUCCUCCGGAAGUCCACCAACAAGCCGCAGGAGGACGUAAUUCACAACAUACACACUCGUGUUUCCCCCUCGCUACAUUCCCGCCGAGGCGAGUAGCGACAGCGGCGAAAGAGUCCCGCUAAUCCCGAGGACGGGAGGGGGCGGCCUUGCUUUUGUAGCCGGCUCCCGGUGCGGCUCGGGCGGCUAGCACUGUAACUCGAGCCCGGUGCUUCCGCUGGCUCGUUCCUCCUCUGCGCCGAAAGACGCGUCGGAGCUUCGACAUUAUUAAUGUUCCAAUAACUGCAACCUCCCUUCCUCCUUGUUCCCGUCCACGUUCUGCGCGCUUCUCCCCGGAGGAGGAGGAGGAGGCGGGGAACCACUUGAAGCCGCGGCGGCCUGUUUUGUUUUCGAGCCGCCGCCGCCGCCGCCGCCAUGAACAUCCGCGAACAAUAACACCGGCGGUGUGGACGAGCCUGGCUGGGGGCGCUGCGGACGGGGAGAGGCGACACGGAUGCAGCGGUGUGGGAUGAUCAUAACAAUAACAACAACCAGCUCUGGACCGACGUGAAGCCCCGGGACGAGCAUGCAAUGUGGACUAUGGAAUACUGGGGCGGGGAGGAGAGCACCGCAGACCGGAGUCACGAAAGCCCCAGUUUGAAUCUCAGAGCUGCCGCCGCUGCUGGUAGCAGCUAACCGGCUGUGGAAAAGGGGAAAAGGCGCCACGCGAUGCUUUGUCUCCGCCGCCUUGGAUGAACCGACGACGGAUCUUUUUUAUGCAUGGUUUGUCGCUGCAGCUUUUAAUCGGCAGCGGUCCCCUCAGAGCCGGGAGCCGCGGAGGAUGGAUUGGAUGUGACUCGGGGGAUGAGUAACCCCCCGAUCACACACACACACACACACACACUCACACACGCUGCUGUGUGCGUGCGUGCGUACGUGGGAUUUGCCGACGGCGAACUGAACCCGUGGCAUCCAUCGAUGCUCUCCUCGGAGCCGCCGGACCCCCGCGACAGAAACGAUCACUUUCACCUUCCGGAGCACGAGGGGGGAGUCGCGGCCACUUUGUGUCCCCUCGCGUUUGAACGCAUCAGUGCAGAGUAACGGACCCGGAUCCCCCCGGAACCCGGGCCCGGGGAACCGGACUUGGAGCCCCCCGGGGUGGGGGGGUGGGGGGGGAAGCCAGGCAGCUGAGAUGAACCCGGUGAAUGCGACCUCUCUCUACGUGUCCGCGAGCCGCUCGGUGCUGCAGUGCGACCCCCGAGACCCGCGGGCCCUCGCGGAGCUCUGCAAGCUGCUGCCGUUCUUCCGCCAGUCCCUGUCCUGCCUGGUCUGUGGUAACCUGCUGCAGGACCCCAUCGCUCCCACCGACUCGUCAUGUCAGCACUAUGUGUGUCGAGGCUGUAAGGGUCAGAGGAUGCAACUGAAGCCCUCCUGCAGCUGGUGCAAGGACUAUUCUCGCUUCGAGGAGAACCGGCAGCUCUCCCUGCUUGUCCACUGCUACAGGAAGCUCUGCCUCUACAUCACCCAGUCUCCGCUCGCGCCGCACAUAGCCAGCGCCGCCGGAGACUCGCCAGACCUGCAGGCCGUCCUCAACGAGGGCCUGACGUUGGUGGAGAGCGAGCCGGAGGUCGAGGAUGUUUCGGAUUCGGUCGGGCCGUCGCACGCGGCCUCCACCUCUGACGUGUUCCAUCCCAACGAAGCUCCGCCUUCAAAGGAGCUCAAGGGGGAGGAGCUGAGCACCGCAAGCGUUAACGGACUGCACGAUUGUAACGGCCUCGUUAGUUCGGACUCCCUGCAACCCAUCACCAUAGAAACGGGCAGCGAUGUUGUCAAGCAGGAAAGCUUUGCGGGGGAGAUCCCUGUGUGUGUGAGCGUCACAGGAACUGGGGAGGCGGGGCUUUGUGACAUCAGCACUUUCGGGGACGACCUGAAACACGGCGGGGGGCCGCUGCUGCUGAGCGUUGAGGAGGUGCUCAGGACUCUGGAGACGGACACUGACCCUGACCCCACGCCUGAGCCGGACUGCCCUCAGUCGGGCCUCAACGGGCCGCAUUGCCCUUCCGGCCCGGUUUCCUCCCGCCUCAUCCCCUCCCAUCCCCCGGAAAACAGCCCUCGCCCCCUCCAGUCUCACCCACAGCCCUCCCUGCAGCCUCCACCUCAGCCCUGCACGGUCGUCCCACGAGCCCCCCCUCGGUGCCACCGCAAGCGCUCGCGCUCGGAAAGCGACAGCGAAAAGGUGCAGCCACUCCCCAUCUCCAGCCUGCUGCGAGGGUCUCCCCUCGGUGCCAACAGCUCCCCCCACCACCCUAACCCCGGUGCCACCACCAAACAGGAGCCCAGAUUCCCUGCGGCCUUGCCGCACCCCCACCUGGCCCCGGUGCCGAACGGCGGCCCCCUCAAAGUGGGGAAGGCCGUGCUCGUCUCCAACAAGGCACUUAAAAAGACUGUGGAGCAUCACGGGGCCGCCAAGAAGGCUUAUACCAAGGCCCGGCAAGGUGCCCCCAAGCCCCGCGCGCAGCCCCGCGACCGGGUGCCCCCCCACCCCCACGCACACCCGCUGACGCACCCACCCAGCCCCUCAAAGCCACUGUACAAGAAGCCCGUGGAGAAGAAGGGCUGCAAGUGCGGCAGAGCCACGCAGAACCCCUCUGUGUUGACCUGUAGGGGGCAGCGCUGCCCCUGCUACUCCAACCGCAAGGCAUGUCUGGACUGCAUCUGCCGCGGCUGCCAGAACUCCUACAUGGCCAACGGGGAGAAGAAGCUGGAGGCCUUUGCCGUGCCGGAGAAGGCGCUGGAGCAGACCCGCCUCACGCUGGGGAUCAACCUCACCAGCAUCACGGCAGCGGCGCUACGCGGCCCGGCCACCAGCUCCCCGGGCAGCGCCCUCCUCAACGUGGCCACGGCCACGGGGGCGCCCGCCACAGCCUUCCUGUCGGGGGCGGGGCACGACAGCAGGGGCUUUGACGACUCACUGGAGAUGCGGUUUGACUGUUGAGGCUGCGCCCCUUUCUUCCGUUCAGUCGUAUCGUGCACACACACACACAGAACACACACACACCCCCCUUGCCCCGCCCACUGGGCAUCAACCAUCGUGUCGUAACGCGGCGGCGCCAGAACAAGGCAGCUACAGUGACAGGCGGCAGCGAGGGUCACCAGCCGGAGACGGAACUGCACUGCGCUCGUGGUCAUGGCAUGACGGAUGCAGCGCGGGAGAGACAAAGGAAAAAGGAAAGAGGAGAUGUAGCGUUUACUGUAUGUGCAGAGAUUUAAUUUCAGUGCGGAUCGUUUCUGUUUUCGUUCUCUCCCCUACUGUGGGUGACGUGUAGAGCAUGUUGUGUAGCUCAGGCGUGUGUGUGUGUGUGUGUGAGUGUGAGAGAGAGAGAGUGUGAGUGUGCAUGUGCGUGUGUGUGUGUGUGUGUGUUUGAGGGGGAAAGGUGGCGGUUUGGAGAGGAACAUCAUCAUCAUCAGAGACCGGUGUAAUUUAUAUAUAACGGACAGAACUUUUUGUACGUGGACUGACCAGGUUCCAUUAAACAUUUUCUGAUCAACAUUUUAUAAGUUACGUUACUAGCGACAGGAGCCGGUGAGCCGGAGCGGAUCUGCAUUCCGCCGGAACGUUUUCACACAGGAGGAAAUUCAAAAUAUGAAAUGAUACAAAAAAAAACUUGGAACGUAAAAGAAAAUUAAAUUGAUUUAUCUGUUUUAACUGCAAAUGAACCAGCAGUGAAGUUUUAACGGCACGGGUCCGUUUUGGAUUUUGUCUUGUUGAUAUCCUACUAACAAGUUUGUUUUCUAAUCUCAACCAACCGGUGCGGCUGACGGAAGACAAGGCGUCUAUCUCCAGGUUCUUGUAUGAAGCACUUUCUCACACUGACCCACACACUUUUAAUAUUUUAAAUUUUUUUUGUGAAACCCCUGUGUUCCUUUCUGUGUCAGAAUCUCUCCGGCGGAGAGCCGGCUCCCCGCGCUGCGUUCGGUUUCCGAAAGCUACACACAUGCUGCUAAAAACUCCACAAAGGACUGAAGGAGGAGAACUCCCUCCCCCCGUUUGUUCAUUUUCUUUUCCUUUCAAAAAAAACAAAAACAGUUGUGUUCACCACAACAUCUGCAGUAUUUAUUGGACCGUGUCCUGACACUUCAGUUUUCCUCCACUCUGCCUGUCGUCGAAGUCUGUCGGAAGAUUACAGUUUGGACUGUUUCCGCUCUGUCUCCGUUUAAUUUGUCGUCUUCGUCUAAUUCGUCUUCUUAGCGUUAGUUCCCGGUGUCUCCAGAAACGGCUUUUGUUCUCCCUCGGGGCAUUUAAAUACCUGUAAUAUAACUGUAACAUAUUUCCACAAAAAAGAAAGAAAAUCAAAAACUUA